AUGGCCUCUUUCCACUAUCUCAACAACCACCCCAAUCCCUUCUGGGAUCUCCUCGGUAAUCUAGAGGAUCAUCCAGCUUUUGCUCCUCGCGGUCAGCCACAUCCGCAUCGUCAUCACCCCCCUCCAUUUUGGGCAUGGGGUCAUCCUCAAAAUGAGGGCGCUUCUUCUGAGCCCGCAAACUCAUACACAGCAGGGGAGCGCAACGAACCCCAAGCUGGUCCCUCCAAAUCGAAAGAGGCCCACCAGGACACCAACAAAGAGAAGGCCCGAUCUUCGGAGCCCGAGUCCUCAGGUGAAGAACAGGGCUGGCACGGCCACUGCGGAAAAGGAAAACACUCGGGUUCCGGCAGCCACCCCCAUGGACUAGGAAAAGAACGUGGCGGCAAGGGCAGACACGGAUGUCAUCCUCGAGGCUUCCAUGGCCACCCGUUCGGUGGUCCCCGUCCCCAUCAUCGCGGCCCACCGCCUUUCGCUGCCGGACCCGGCUUCCCGGACUUUGAUUUCCUGCGCAACAUCGCCGCUGAGUUUGGCUUCCCCUUCCCCGAGCCGAAAAAGGAUGGCGUUGACUUUGUGCCCUCCGUUGACGUCUUCGACACGCCCGCCAAAUAUAUUGUGCAUGUGUCGCUCCCGGGAGCAAAGAAGGAGGACCUGAGCAUUGACUACGAUACUGAGGAGUCGGUCCUGCGUCUGGCGGGUGUGGUGUACCGACCCGGAAUUAACGAGGAUCUACACCUUGCUUUGGCGGUCGAGGAGCGGGUUCGCGAGAUCGGCGUCUUUGAGCGCGAAGUCCGCAUCGGCACACGCAAGAAUUCGGCUGCUAUUAUUGUAGACGAGAUCACGGCAAACUUGAAGGAUGGGGUGUUGAGUGUCGCUUUGCCGAAGGUUCAGAAAGACCCUGAAACAAAGACGAAGAAGGUGGUCGUUGAAGAUGGCAAUACUGGGAACGAGAAAGGCGCAAUGGAUGUGGAUGAGAGUGCGAGUGAGACAAUGACUCCCGAGAGAUCUGAGUCGAGCGACGCUGAGGGAGAGGCAAAGGAGUAUGUCAAUGUGACAGCGCAGUAA